AUGGCAGAGGCUAAGAUUGCACAGCUAUUGCCCAUUGACCCGCGAGUCCCAUGGUUUCCUGACUGCAGUGACUCCUAUUGCUUUAACGGAGGGAGGUGUACAGCACCUUUAGAUGUACCCACCUGUGUGUGCCCACCUGGCUUUGAAGGCAACAGGUGUGAGAUAGAGAUCGUGAACUUGAUUAAACCUGGCACCUGUCCCAAGCGCGAGCCACAAUUUCGAGUCGAGAGCUGCCCAUUGGCUGUCUGUACUGCAGACAGCGACUGUCCUGACAUACAGAAGUGCUGUCUACAUAACUGCGGCGAAGGUGUCUGUACAACACCAGUGACGACACCACCUACAGGGUGUUCUAGAGGCUGUCCUAAAGGUUACACCUGUCAGGUAUCACCUGCACAAUGCACACCUGGCUUUAUUUGCCCCUUGCAGGAAACCUGCAUCCCUGUAGGUUGUUUAGCCUGUAAACCUAAUGAAGAAUGUCGACCUAUUACAACCUGUACUAGACCAUUUCAACAGUUUCCUAUGUUGUCCCUAGCUCCGCCAUGUACAGAGAAGUUUACAUGUAAACCGAAAGACCAGUGUGGCGGAUGUCGUGUGGACGAAGUCUGUCUCAGGGUCAACCAACCAAUCAGAGACCGUGUUCUAUUGGUCAGACCAAGUCACGUGUGCGUGCCCAACAACCCGUGUGGGGGGUGUCAGCCCGGGUACGAGUGUGAGAUGGUCACGGUGCCGUGCGCUGACCCCUGCACAUUGGUGCCUGAGCCUUGUAACAUUGCUGGGCCCUGUGUGGAGUGGUCGUGUGUGCCGGCACUACUCAACAGCGACUAA